AUGGUUGACCCUUUUAAUUGUUAUUGUGCAGUUUUCGCUGAACUUGCUCUACUCGUAUUCGCAACUAUCCUGACAUUUUCUGGUAUAUUUGAAGUUCAUAAAUCACGUACUUAUAUAAAAAAUUUUUGUCAAGUAAUUCAAAGUGAUACAGAGGAAUUAGACUGUAAUGACAAUGGUUCAGACUGUGAUUAUCGACCAGUUUGGACUGUUAUGUAUGAUCGACCGAAUGAUAAUGACGAACCGAUACAAGCAGUGAUCAAUUCAUCACAAUUAGAAACGAAAUCAGAAGCGGAUGCGGUCAAGAAACAGAUGGAAUAUAAAGUUGAUCAGAUCUAUACCUGUUAUCAUAAUCCGCAUAAACAUAUAGUACAAUGGAAACAACCGAGUAAACUAAGAGGUUCACUAUUAAUAGCAGGUGGUGGUUUCUGUCUACUGACAGCUGUAAUUGCUGUCUGGGUUUGGUUACGCAAUAGAGGUGGGUGUUGUAGCAAAAGAUCGGACGAUGACCCUGUUACGUUUACGGCAGACGAAGAAUGGAAACGACCGCUGGACACGACCGAAGUGAAUGAACGUUUGAAUCCAGUUGAUAAUGCUUGA